CUUCCAUUUUUAGAUAUGAUUGAAGAGGAGGAGGAGAGUGAAGAACUGAGUGAAGUGGAGGAGGAACAUCAUGUCAAACCUGGAGAAAAACCUUUGAGUCGCUCAAAGACUAAAACGACAUUUUUAAAGAAAAGAAGAACCAAGAAAUCUUUCACCUGCACUCAGUGUGGAAAGAGUUCCUCAACCAAACAACAUUUUGAGAUUCACAUGAGAGUUCAUACUGGAGAGAGACCGUUCACAUGUGAUCAGUGUGGAAAGAGUUUCACGCAAUCAGCAAGCCUUAAGAUGCACAUGAGGAUCCAUACUGGAGAAAAGCCAUUUAAGUGUGAUCAAUGUGGGAAAGGUUUCACACAAUCAGCAAGCCUUAAAGGACACAUGAAAAUCCACACCGGACAGAAGCCAUUCAUGUGUGAAUGGUGUGACAAGAGAUUCUCACAAAAGCAAUGUCUUCAGAUACACAUGAGGAUCCACACUGGAGAAAAGCCAUUUGCAUGCGAUCAAUGUGGGAAGAGUUUCAGUCAAUCAACACAACUUAAGAGUCACAUGAAAAUCCACACUGGAGAAAAACAGUUUAUAUGUGAUCAGUGUGAAAAGAGUUUCUCAAGCAAAAAUAGUCUUGAUGUUCACAUGAUGAUCCACACUGGAGUGAAGCCGUUCGCAUGUGAUCAGUGCAGCAAAACAUUUGUUACCUCAUCAAACCUGAAGGCUCACCUGACUGUUCAUACGAAGGAGAAGCCACAUUCAUGUUCUGUGUGUGGAAAGAGUUUUUCACAGCUGUUAUAUUUACAGAGACAUCAGAAACUUCAUACUGGUGUGAGAGAUUAUAUGUGCUUUCAGUGUGAGAAAACUUUUAAUACAGUGGGUGAUUUAAAAAGGCACCAGAGGAUUCACACUGGAGAAAAACCUUACAAGUGUUCACACUGUGACAAGAGAUUCAAUGUGUCAUCAUCUCUGAAAAGACAUGAGAGGAUUCACAGCAGAGAGAAGCCGCACACCUGCACUCAGUGUGGAAAUAGUUUCACAACCAAACAACAUCUUGAGAGUCACAUGAGGAUCCACACUGGAGAGAAACCGUUCACAUGUGAUCAAUGUGGAAAGAGCUUCACACAAAAAGGAAUUCUUAAUGAACAUAUGAAAAUCCACACUGGAGAAAAGCCAUAUAAGUGUGAUCAGUGUGGAAACAGUUUCUCGUACAAAAAUUAUCUACAUGUUCACAUGAGAGUUCAUACUGGAGAGAGACCCUUCACAUGUGAUCAGUGCGGGACGAGUUUCACGCAAUCAACACCCCUUAAGAUGCACAUGAGGAUCCACACCGGAGAGAAGCCGUUCAUGUGUGAACGGUGUGAAAAGAGAUUCUCACGCAAGCAACAUCUUGAGCUUCACAUGAGGAUCCACACUGGAGUGAAGCCAUUUCCAUGUGAUCAAUGUGGGAAGAGUUUCAGUCAAUCAGCACAACUUAAGAGUCACAUGAAAAUCCACGCUGAAGAAAAACAUUACAAGUGUUCACACUGUGACAAGAGAUUUAAUCAAUUAAUAUAUCUGAAAGCACAUGAGAUGACCCACACCGGAGAAAAACCUUACAUGUGUUCAUAUUGUGACAAGAGAUUUAGUCAUUUACUAUAUCUGAAAGUACAUGACAGGAUUCACACUGGAGAAAAACCUUACAAGUGUUCACACUGUGACAAGAGAUUCAGUGUGUCAUCAAAUCUGAAAAGACACGAGAGGAUCCACACUGGAGAGAAGCCGCACACGUGUGAUCAGUGUGGAAAGAGUUUCACUAUUAAAAGUAAUCUGAAGAUACACAUGAAGAUCCAUACAGUGAAGAAACCACAUCACCACAGUCUGAAAUCACAAUAAGAAGUUUAUCUUUAUCUGCUGAGAAACAAAGUUAGUUUCCUAACAGCCUCAUUUUCUGUUGGUUUAGAAAUGUGUUUUUCACUGCUGUAAAUCGACACGAUCGGUGAGCACAUGAUUAAAAUAUAAUCAGAUUGGUUCUUGUUUUCAUGAUCAAUUUCAUAAAAUAGUUCCUGCGGCCCCAGUUAAUUUAGGUUUUGUUUUUGAUCAUAAAAAAAGAAUAGAAAAAAAGAAAAUCUCGAAAAACAAGAUUACAUGUCAAACCUGCGUCA